GGGGUCAAUAGGAGCUGUAAAUUACAGACAAGCGGAGAUCAAGGAAAAUUUUGCAGAAUUGCCUGACGCUAGUGUAACGGGUGCUAGCUGGUUAGCUAUGCUGUGGAACAUACAUGUUCAACUGUGUUAUCAGGCAGACCCACCUCACGGGAGCGGUUCUUGGACUUACUCUUUUGUUCGGUUGUCCUGCUGCAGCCUGUCCAAUGACCAACCUAUCCAGACCAGAGGGAACAUCUGUUAUUCUCAGCAUGGGAUACAAGCCUACAGCUGCAGCAGAUAUCAUUGCUGUGGAGUGGAGCUAUAAUGAGGAUGAAUUGAUUAUGAGAUACUAUCCUGGCAUAAAGUUACUGGUCCAGCCAGCUUAUGAGGGAAGGGUUAGGUUUCAUGACGACACCUUCUCUCUGGAGUUGUCGAACGUGAAGAGGGAUGACAGCGGUUUAUACCACUGCGAGAUCACAGAGAAGAAAACCACCUGUGCUGGUUACAAACUCUCUGUCAUGGAUUUAACUUCUGAAGAAAGAAUGACCUCUACUCCAAGUACAACAGCCCAGAGCACACGUCCACUAUCUCAUACUCGUAUUGCUCUCAUAGUGGCCGUUUUAUGCAUUGUUUCAUGUUGCGUGUUUGUAGGGGCAGCCGCGGUCAGGUUAAGGAAUCAUGCUUGUAACCAAAGGGUGGCUCUGAGUCAGGUUUAAGAAAUUCUUUGAUUUUUGAUAUGUAGAUAGAUAGCCUUUAUUGUAUUUCCUGCUCAGGACGGGUGAUGGAGGAGGGCACUGAACUUGACGGUCUGUGGGGUUUGUUAAGAUGGCUUUAAUCCAGGCACGGGUGGCAGAGGAAGUCCAUGACAGUCAGCUUGUCCACAAGGAUGUCUGGGAUGAUGGUGAUGAAAGCCGAACUGUAGCCCAUUCUUACUGAGGUCCAUGGGUGCUGCAGGUGGACCAGGGCUUUGGGGAGGGCGGUGGAGAUGGAGAUGCAAAUGUACAGUAUGUAUGCGUGUGUGUGUGUGUGUGUGUGUGUGUGUGUGUAUGGAAUAUUGGAAUAUAUUUUAAUGGAUUUGUUAUUUGUGUUGAUAUAUUGUUAUGGCUUUGUAUUUUUGUUUAUGAGGAGUAUUUAUUUUGGGGGG